AUGGAAUCCUGCGGCUCAAUCCUCGGAUGUACGGGCGUCACGAUAUCGCUCGGAAUUUGCACCUACGAAACCGCAGUCGGUACAGGCAUUGGUAGCCUUCUUUCUGACGGCGCGGCGCCUCUGGAUCUCUCCUGCCCAUCAGGAAACGGGAACACAUAUCUCGACUCCCUCGGUGGCAAUUACCAAGUUCUCUGCAACACCACAUUCCCAGAUGCAACGAUCAUCACGCCGCCUAUCAUCAAGAGAGAUCUGGCCAUYCGAGCACCUGUUCCCGCAUUAGCGCCGCCGAUAUCUUGCAGUAGACGCUGCACGGCCUUGGAUGGGUGCGUCGGUGUCCUUUCCAGCUCAACCGGUGUCUGUACCUUCUUCAGCGCCCUAGGAAACGCAGGCGUCGGGUCAAGCACCGUUGACUCGAUUGUCAUGGUCGGUAAACGUAUCGUUGCCGUCGUCUCGGGUAGCACAGUCACAUCGACGAGCAGAGUGACGGGUGUUCCGACCUACACAACGCGCACCGGGUCCGCAUACAACAAUGCUGGUACAGUGACCACAACAACCGCGACAUUGGCGCUGCCGAGUGUAGCAGUGUCGUUGGGGGUGACAAUCGGCGCGGGCGUCAGUUUAGGUGUCGGCGGACUUCCCGCACAAGCAACGUCCACUGCUCGAGGCGGAUUUGCAACGACGACUUCAUCAACGACGGCUUCAAUGGCACAGGCAACCACGUCCAGGGUGACUUUGGUGCUGCCUGUCACGACGAUUCUUUCAACUAGAUUGRUCUGA